AUGCGGCCAUGGAAGUCCAGUGUCGAUCGGUGCUCAGUGGAUGAGGAUGCUGGUUACAGUAAAUGGAAAGAGAGGGGGCUCAUGGGUAGGUGUCAGUAAGAGCUGGGAGAGGUGACAUUAGUUGGAAAAAGAGAGAAGAGAGAGAGAGGGGGAGAGAGACAGAGCAAAGGGUUGUCCAGACUUUUCACACUCGUGCUUUGACCACCAGACACAGAAAGAGAAAGAAAACAGUUAUCAGCUGAACAUAACAAGAUGCCAGUGGAAGGAAGGACAGUAGCAGGCGAUCCAACUGUGGUUUGUUACUAUUAUGAUUUCCCAUUGUAGCCAAUUCAUAGAAAUUCUGUUACCGAUUUUUCUGAAAUUCUGUUUUUGAGUUUUAAUCACUUAAUAAUUCAUGAACAAAAUUGAUAUUAGUAAAAACUCUUUAACUAAUUGAUACGUCUACCUUUACUUAUUACUUCUUUGAACUUUCAUUAUCCUCUCCUCAUGAGGGAGAGAAAUUAGAAAAUAUCUUAAAGAUUUGUGGUUUUUUUGGUAACAUAAUUUUAAGGCACAAGGCAAUGUUUCUUAAACUUACAGAAGGCAGAAAAAAAUAUUUUAAACUAAAUAUCAGUGUUGAUAUUAGUUGGCAGGGAUCUUUACUUCAACAUGAUUGUGUUUUGAUGUAUUUCUAAUACCUUUUAAGAAUUAUUCUGGUAGAUGUUUUCUAAGAUCCAUUUUCCAUCAGUUUGACAAGAAAUCAAAGCCUUUGGUUAUUCCCAAUUUUUAGGAUGGAAAAUAGUUGAAAAAUGUAUAUAUGCCUUAAUUUCUCAAAAAUUCAGACUCCGCUUUCAUUUGACACCCAAUUCGACAUGUUCCUAUGGGUCCUUUUACAUGGAAAUGACCACCACUCUCUGCUACAACAUUAUUUAAGCAUUAUCAGCUCUAAUUUGUGUUAGCCUAUGUAAUGUAAUGGUGAUGAGUGAUAUAUACAUAAGUAUUCAGACCUUUUACUCAGUACUUUGUUGAAGCACCGUUGGCAGCGAUUACAGCCUUGAGUCUUCUUGGGUAUGACGCUACAAGCUUGGCACACCUGUAUUUGGGGAGUUUCUCCUAUUCUUCUCUGCAGAUCCUCUCAAGCUCUGUCAGGUUGGAUGGGGAGCAUUGCUGCACAGCUAUUUUCAGGUCUCUCCAGAGAUGUUCUUUCGGGUUCAAGUCCGGGCUCUGGUUGGGCCACUCAAGGACAUUCAGAAACUUGUCCUAAAGCCACUCCUGCUUUGUCUUGGCUGUGUGCUGUUAGGGUUGUUGUCCUGUUGGAAGGUGAACCUUCGCCCCAGUCUGAGGUCCUGAAGCAGGUUUUCAUCAAGGAUUUCUCUGUACUUUGCUCUGUUCAUCUUUCCCUCGAUCCUGACUAGUCUCCCAGUCCCUGCCGCUGAAAAACAUCCCCACAGCAUGAUGCUGCCACACAGGGAUGGUGCCAGGUUUCCUCCAGACGUGAUGCUUGGCAUUCAGGCCAAAGAGUUCAAUCUUGGUUUCAUCAGACCAGAUAAUCUUGUUUCUCAUGGUCUGAGAGUCUUUAGGUGCCUUUUUGCAAAGCCCAAGCAGGCUUUCAUGUGCCUUUAAAUGAGGAGUGGCUUCCAUCUGGCCACUAUACUAUAAAGGCCUGAUUGGCGGAGUGCUGUAGAGAUGGUUCUCCCAUCUCCACAGAGGAACUCUGGAGCUCUGUCAGAGUGACCAUUGGGUUCUUGGUCACCUCCCUGACCAAGGCCCUUCUCCCCCAUUGCUCAGUUUGGCCGGGCGGCCAGCUCUAGGAAGAGUCUUGGUGGUUCCAAUGUGUUUUUGAGGACCUUCAAUGCUGCAGAAAGGUUUUGGUACCCUUCCCCAGAUCUGUGCCUUGACACAAUCCUGUCUCUGAGCUUUACGGACAAUUCCUUCGACCUCAUGGCUUGGUUUUUGCUCUGACAUGCACAGCCAACCGUGGGACCUUAUAUAGACAGGUGUGUGCCUUUUCAAAUAAUGUCCAAUCAAUUGAAUUUACCACAGGUGGACUACAAUCAAGUUAUAGAAACAUCUGAAGGAUGAUCAUUGUAAACAGGAUGCACCUGAGCUCAAUUUAUUUACUUAUGUAAAUAAGGUAUUUCAGUUUUUUAUUUUAAAUACAUUUGCAAAAAAAUCUAAAAACCUGUUUUCGCUUCAUCAUUAUGGGGUAUUGUGUGUAGAUUGAUGAGGGAAAAAAAAGAAUGUAAUCCUUUUUAGAAUAAGGCUGUAACGUAACAACACGUGGAAAAAGUGAAGGGGUCUGAAUACUUUCCGAAUGCACGGUAUAUGCCUUAAUUUCUCAAAUAUAUGGUCUCAGCUUUCAUUUGACACCCAAUUCAACAUGCUCCUAUGGGUCUUUUAACAUGGAAAUGACCACCACUCUCUGGUGGAGAUAUUUCUGUAUUUCAUUUUCAAUCAAUUUGCAAACAUUAAUAAAAUAAAUAAAAUGUAAUCAAGUUUGAAUACUUUCUGAAGGCACUGUAUAACUUUUCCCCACAGAUCUACAUAUUCAAUUAGUACUAUUUGUUCUCACAGAACAAGUGUUGAAAAGUCACAUACUAAUUUGGAUUUGAGGGGAACUGCGUACAAUUAAAUGGGAAGGAUACUUAUGUAAAGAAUAUUAAUGUUUAGUUGUAAGGUAUUCAGAGAUGUGAUGAGCUUAGCCAGUUGAAGCCUGCAGUGAGAUCUAGCCUCCGGCAACAAGGAUUAUCACCGUGCAAGUCAGGACAGAGCUCCUCACCUUGUUCCUGUGAUAGAAGGCGGAUGCUGAGUACUAGACUAUGAAAGUGUGUGUCUGCACUGCAGCUCACUCAAGUCAUGACAAGGAAGUGUGUGUGUGUGUGUGUGUGUGUGUGUGUGUGUGUGUGUGUGUGUGUGUGUAUGUGUGUGUGUGUGAGAUCAUGCUGUGCUGUGUGAUCUGUCUCUCACUUGUGUCCUUCAGUGAAAAGGAGGGAGGGAAAUACAGCAAACGCCUCUAGGAAGGAACUUAAGUUAACAAACUGAGGAGGGCAGGGCUGCAAUUGAAUAGGAGAGGAGAGGAGGACAUGGCACUCUGCUGACCCAGUUGGCUGCUGUAUAACCUCUAAAAUGUGACCUUUAACCAACAGGCUCCAUGGCUUGGUGAUUUAAGAAUAAAUCAUACAUGAUGUCAAUCCCCUCCUCUCACUUUACCUUCCUCUGUGUGGAUGAUGUAAUACACUUGGAAAAAACAUUUUCCAUUUACUCCAUCAAACACAGGCUCAAGGAAUUUGUAUUUGUAUUUAUUAUGAAUCCCCAUUAGCUGCUGCCAAGGCAGCAGCUACUCUUCCUGGGGUCCGGCAAAAUUAAGGCAGUUAUACCAUUUAAAAAACAUUACAAUACAUUCAUAACAGAUUUCACAACACACUAAGUGUCUGCCCUCAGGCCCCUACUCCACUACCACAUAUCUACAACACAGAAUCCACGUGUACGUGUUUGUAUAGUGCGUAUGUUAUCAUGUGUGUGUAUGCAUGUGCCUGUGCCUAUGUUUGUGUUGCUUCACAGUCCCCGCUGUUCCAUAAGGUGUAUUUUUAUCUGUUUUUAAAAAUCUGAUUCCACUGCUUGCAUCAGUUACCUGAUGUGGAAUAGUGUUCCAUGUAGUCAUGGCUUUAUGUAGUACUGUGCGCCUGUCACGAUCGUCGUAUGGAGUAGACCAAGGCGCAGCGUGAUGAACGAACAUAUUGAAUCUUUAUUAUCAAUAGUGAUAAUAUACACAACAAAACAACAAAACGAAACGUGCAGUCCUACGGUUUAACAUAACCAACAAGGAACAAACCAAAACAGAAACAAGAUCCCACAAAUACAAAGGGAAAACAGACAGUUUAAAUAUGGCUCCCAAUCAGAGACAACCAACAACAGCUGACACUCGUUGCCUCUGAUUGGGAGCCACUCAGGCCAACAUAGAAAUAGCACAACAAGAACUCCCGACAUAGAAAUACAACACAUAGAAUGACCACACCCUGGCUCAACAUAUAGAGUCCCAGAGCCCGGGUGUGACAGCGCCUCCCAUAGUCUGUUCUGGACUUGGGAACUAUGAAGAGACCUCUGGUGGAAUGUCUUGUGGGGUAUGCAUGUGUGCUAGUCUGAGCUGUGUGCUAGUCAUUUAAACAGACAGCUCCGUGCCUUCAACAUGUCAAUACCUCUCACAAAUACAAGUAGUGUUGAAGUCAAUCUGUCCUCCACUUUAAGCGAGGAGAGAUUGACAUGCAUAUUAUUAAUGCUCUCUGUUUACAUCCAAAGGCCAGCCGUGCUGCCCUGUUCUGAGCCAAUUGCAAUUUUCCUAAGUCCCUCUUUGUGGCACCACACGACUGAACAGUAGUCCAGGUGCGACAAAACUAGAGCCUGUAGGACCUGCCUUUAUUAUGGACAGACUUCAACCCAUCUUAGCUACUGUUGUAUCAGUAUGUUUUGACCAUGACAGUUUUCAAUCUAGGGUUACUCCAAGCAGUUUAGUCACCUCAACUUCCUCAAUCUUCACAUUAUUUAUUACAAUAUUUAGUUGAGGUUUAGGGUUUAGUGAAUGAUUUGUUCCAAAUACAAUGCUUUUAGUUUUAGAAAUAUUUAGGACUAACUUAUUCCUUGCCACCCAUUCUGAAACUAACUGCAGCUCUUUGUUAAGUGUUGCAGUCAUUUCAGUCGCUGUAGUAGCUGACGUGUAUAGUGUUGAGUCAUCCGCAUACAUAGACACACUGGCUUUACUCAAAGCCAGUGGCAUGUCGUUAGUAAAGAUUGAAUAAAGUAAGGGGCCUAGACAGCUGCCCUGGGGAAUUCCUGAUUCUACCUGGAUUAUGUUGGAGAGGCUUCCAUUAAAGAACACCCUCUGUGUUCUGUUAGACAGGUAAGUCUUAAUCCACAAUAUAGCAAGGGGUGUAAAGCCAUAACACAUACGUUUUUCCAGCAGCAGACUAUGAUCGAUAAUGUCAAAAGCCGCACUGAAGUCUAACAAAACAGGCCCCACAAUAUUUUUAUCAUCAAUUUCUCUCAGCCAAUCAUCGUCAUUUGUGUAAGUGCUGUGCUUGUUGAAUGUCCUUCCCUAUAAGCAUGCUGAAAGUCUGUUGUCAAUUUGUUUACUGUAAAAUAGCAUUGUAUCUGGUCAAACACAAUUUUUUCCAAAACUUUACUAAGGGUUGGUAACAGGCUGAUUGGUCGUCUAUUUGAUCCACCAAAGGGGGCUUUACUAUUCUUAGGUAGCGGAAUGACUUUUGCUUCCCUCCAGGCCUGAGGGCACACACUUUCUAGUAGGCUUACAUUUAAGAUAUGGCAAAUAGGAGUGGCAAUAUCGUCUGCUAUUAUCCUCAGUAAUUUUCCAUCCAAGUUGUCAAACCCUGGUGGCUUGUCAUUGUUGAUAGACAACAAUAAUUGUUCACCUCUUCCACACUCACUUUACGGAAUUCAAAAUUACAAUGCUUGUCUUUCAUAAUUUGGUCAGAUAUACUUGGAUGUGUGGUGUCAGCGUUUGUUGCUGGCAUGUCAUGCCUAAGUUUGAUAAUCUUGCCAAUGAAAAAAUCAUUAAAGUAGUUGGCAAUAUCAGUGAGUUUUGUGAUGAAUGAGACAUCUGAUUCAAUGAAUGAUGGAGCUGAGUUUGCCUUUUUUCCCAGAAUGUCCUUGAAGAUUUUUACUAUCAUUCUUUAUGUCAUUUACCUUUGUUUCAUGGUAUAGUUUCUUCUUCUUUUUAUUCAGUUUAGUCACAUGAUUUCUCAAUUUGCAGUACGUUUGCCAAUCGGUUGUGCAGCCAGACUUAUUUGCCAUUCCUUUUGCCUCAUCCCUCUCAACCAUACAAUUUUUCAAUUCCUCAUCAAUCCACAGGGAUUUAACAGUUUUUACAGUCAUUUUCUUAAUGGGUGCAUGCUUAUUAGUAACUGGGAUAAGCAAUUUCAUAAAUGUGUCAAGUGCAACAUCUGCUUGCUCCUCAUUACACACCACGGACCAAAAAUUAUUCUUUACAUCAACAACAUAGGAAUCACUACAAAACUUAUUUUAUGACCUCUUAUACACUAUAUUAGGCCCAGCCUUUGGAACUUUGGUUUUCCUAGAUAUGGCUAUUAUAUUGUGAUCAGUACAUCCGAUGGAUCCGAAUACUGCUUUCAAGCACAUUUCUGCAGCAUUAGUAAAGAUGUGAUCAAUACAUGUUGAUGAUUUCAUUCCUAUGCUGUUUGUAACUACCCUGGUAGGUUGACUGAUAACCUGAACCAGUUUGCAGGCACUGGUUACAGUUUGAAGCUUUUUCUUGAGUGGGCAGCUUGAUGAAAAGCAGUCAAUAUUUAAAUCACCCAGAAAAUAUACCUCUCUGUUGAUCUCACAUACAGUACCUGUCAAAAGUUUGGACACACCUACUCAUUCCAGGGUUUUUCUUUUUUUAAACUAUUUUCUACAUUGUAGAAUAAUAGUGAAGACAUCAAAACUAUGAAAUAACACAUAUGGAAUCAUGUAGUAACCAAAAAAGUGUUAAACAAAUCAAAAUAUAUUUUAUAUUUGAGAUUCUUCAAAGUAGCCACCCUUUGUUUUGAUGACAGCUUUGCACACUCUUGGCAUUCUCUCGACCAGCUUCAUGAGGUAGUCACCUGGAAUGCAUUUAAAUUAACAGGUAUGCCUUGUUAAAAGUUAAUUUGUGGAAUUUAUUUCCUUAUUAAUGCAUUUGAGCCAGUCAGUUGUGUUGUGACAAGGUAGGGGUGGUUUACAGAAGAUAGUCCUAUUUGGUAAAAGACCAAGUCCAUAUUAUGGCAAGAACAGCUCAAAUAAGCAGAGAGAAACGACAGUCCAUCAUUACUUUAAGACAUAAAGGACCGCCACAGGAAAGGAAGACCCAGAGUUACCUCUGCUGCAGAGGAUAAAUUCAUUAGAGUUACCAGCCUCAGAAAUUGAAGUCCAAAUAAAUGCUUCACAGAGUUCAAGUAACAGACACAUCUCAACAUCAACUGUUCAGAGGAGACUGCGUGAAUCAUGCCUUCAUGGUCGAAUUUCUGCAAAGAAACCACUACUAAAGGACACCAAUAAGAAGAAGAGACUUGCUUGGGCCAAGAAACACGAGCAAUGGACAUUAGACCGGUGGAAAUCUGUCCUUUGGUCUGAUGAGUCCAAAUUAGAGAUUUUUGGUUCCAACAGCCGUGUCUUUGUGAGACGCAGAGUAGGUGAACGGAUGAUCUCUGCAUGUGUGGUGCCCACUGUGAAGCAUGGAGGAGGAGGUGUGAUGGAGUGGGGGUGCUUUGCUGGUGACACUGUCUGUGAUUUAUUAGAAUUCAAGGCACACUUAACCAGCAUGGAUACGCCAUCCCAUCUGGUUUGCGUUUAGUGGUUCUAUCAUUUGUUUUUCAACAGGACAAUGACCCAAAACACACCUCCAGGCUGUGUAAGGGCUAUUUGACCAAGGAGAGGGAUGGAGUGCUGCAUCAGAUGACCUGGCCUCCACAAUCAUCCGACCUCAACCCAAUUGAGAUGGUUUGGGAUGAGUUGAACUGCAGAGUGAAGGAAAAGCAGCCAAAAAGUGCUCAGCAUAUGUGGGAACUCCUUCAAUACUGUUGGAAAAGCAUUCGUCAUGAAGUUGGUUGAGAGAAUGCCAAGAGUGUGCGAAGCUGUCAUCAAAACAAAGGGUGGCUACUUUGAAGAAUCUAAAGUAUAACAUAUAUUUUGAUUUGUUUAACACUUAUUUGGUUAAUACAAGAUUCCAUAUGUGUUAUUUCAUAGUUUUGAUGUCUUCACUAUUAUUCUACAAUGUAGAAAAUAGUAAAAAUAAAGAACAACCCUUGAAUGAGUAGGUGUGUCCAAACUUUUGACUGGUAUUGAACAUUAUCAAGCAUUUCACAAGUUUUCCAGAUACUGACUGUUUGCACUUGGUGGUCUAUAGUAGCUUCCCACAAGAAUGGGCUUUAGGUGAGGCAGAUGAACCUGUGGCCAUAUUACUUCAACAGUAUUUAACAUGAGAUCCUCUCUAAUAUUUACAGGAAUGUGGUUCUGAAUAUAAACAGCAACACCUCCACCACUGGCAUUUCUGUAUUUUCUGUAAAUGUUAUAACCUUGUAUUGCUACCACAGGGAAUGAAAAAGAACAGGAUAAUGUGAAUCAUCUCUUUAUUUAAAACGUGAGGUCAGGCUGAGUCCUAAAAUCCUAAUCAUGAAUACAUGCACAUACAGUACAUGUAUUAGGCUAUAAUUAAGAGUAAAGUGAAAAUCCAAGAGAUUGGGGGCCAUUUUCAAUUAAAACUGGGUUUCCAGUUUAAGGCCAACACUGAAUUUAUAUUGCACCAUACAAGAAUGUACCUGUAAAUUCAUUCAAUUCAUAAAACAAUGUUUACUCUUACUCAAGCUCAAACAUGCUUUUUCACAUCACAAGAAAUACCUGGCUACAAUAUACUGUACCUUUAUCAGAUAUGACCUGGUAAAAGGCCAAAGUCUAUAGGCUUUGCUGGGCUCUUCAUAAAUGUUGUCUGUUUUCACUUUCUGUAUGUUGAGCUUGCUGGGGAUUGUUGUUUUGUGUUUGUAUGUUGUUUCCAUUGUAAGACUGCCAUAAUAAGACUGUAUCUCCUAUAAAUUCUCUCGCAGCAAUCUAUAAUUAUGACUCCAGAGCAGAGCAGGAGCUGUGUCUCCAGGUGGGAGACACUGUACACAUACUUGAGACAUUUGAAGGUGAGCAUGAACAGCCGACAUGCCCUAACAUAUCACUCUUGCCUCACAUUCUUACGUACAACAAGCUGUCAUACGCUAAGUUUUCAACUUUGUAAAACAUUGAACUAUUGACAUGGAUUGAUAAUAAUCAGCAAUGUUCACCACCUGUAUCUAGUUUGCCCUCUUCGCUUCUCAUCUGUCUUAUCUCUAUUGUAUUAUCCUUAUACCUGUCAUAUCUCUACAUCAAUCUUUAAUCUCCCCAGGCUGGUAUAGAGGGUACACACUACGGGACAAAGCACAGAAGGUAUGGCAACAACCGUAUAUCCAUUCAUAGUUUUUCAUUGAAAUUAGAAAAUAAUUUGAAGAAGAGGUUUACGUUUCUGUUUCAUCUCAUAGGGCAUAUUCCCAGCCUCGUACAUCCACCUAAAGGAGGCUAAAGUUGAAGGGACAGGGUAAGGUGUCACUCACUUGUCAUGUCAUUAGAAAUGUAUUGUAUUUGAUGGGAUGUGUGACUUGACCUAUUUGCACAAUUUGAUGCAUGUGAUGCACCUGUGGGACCCAAUAUCUGGUACUUUCCUUCCGUCCAUCUUGCAGCCAUCAGGAAAUAGUUAUCCCAGGAGACUUACCACUAGUACUGGAGUUAGGUGCCACUCUGAGGGAGUGGGCACAAAUAUGGCACAAGCUAUAUGUGGUACGUUGAGAAAACUAGUUUCUUAUCCAUCUCCCUACUUACAUAAUCUUCACAUUCAAGAAUUUACUUUACCCUUAUGCUGUUAUUCAACUCUGACACUCACUCUGUUUGGAAAAGUGUAAUUAUGUUAGCCUGAGUGACUGUAAUGAUGAAUAUGACUGUUUGUUUGACAGAACAACAAGACCACUCUGUUCAUGGGCGUACAACAGAUGGCCUACAGCCUCAUCGAGUAUCGAUCUCAGAUAGUGUCGGGAACAUUGCCCAAGGAUGACCUUGUGGAGCUCAGGAAGAAAGUCACAGCUAAGAUUGAUUAUGGAAACCGGUAUAAAUUGUACUCUACUUGAAUUGCAUUGUGACAUAAACAUGCUUGUAACAUUUUAUGUGACUAAGUCAUGGUGCUAAGAAUAUGCCCCUGUAAAUCCGUCUUAAGCUAUAUUUGAUGCUUUUUGUUGUACAGGAUUCUCGGGUUGGACCUGGUGGUGCGAGAUGACGCAGGGAACACUCUGGACCCGGACUGCACCAGCACAGUCAGUCUGUUCCGAGCCUUUGAGACUGCAUCCCGCAGUAUAGAUGACAGAAUACAAGAGGAGAAGGCAUGGACCAGCUGUUGUUUGUGCCUCUGAUAGAUAAACUACUAUAGGCUGCAGAGUUAGCCCUGCCAGUGCAUUGUGUGUGCUCAUACAGUGUCUCUGUGCCCCUCUGUAGACCCGGCUGCAGAAUCUGGAGAUGAGGCGCCAGUCCCUGUUUAGCACAGUGCACACAUACAGCCUCCUCAUGAACCUCAAGAACUUUGUUUGUAACAUCGGGGAGGAUGCAGAGCUGCUUAUGUCGCUCUAUGACCCUGACCAGUCAGAGUUCAUCAGGUCAGAUACCAACGCAUUUAAAUUCAUUGCAUUAUACUAAACCAGAUAACAUCACCACCAUUACCAUUCUGACGCCUGACAGAACAAUUCGUCCAGGACUCAUGUGUGUUCCACAUUGCAUAUAUAUUUAAUAACGUGACUGUAUGUAGGCAUUUUGAUAUAUUUGUGUUUUUGUGUUAUCUUGUCAAAAACACACAGAGGUUUGUUACAGUGAGGUAUGUGAGUUGUGAUUCUUGAUUGUGAAUGCCAUGUAUGUUUGCAGUGAGAACUUCCUGGUGCGCUGGGACAGCAUGGGCAUGCCCAAAGAGAUUGAGAAACUCAACAAUCUGCCUGCCCUCUUCACGGUAACAAAGAUGAAACCCUUCCUUCUACUUUCUGUUGUCUUGUUUCUCUGUUGUUGUAAAUAUAAUAGACUAGCCAUGGGGCCUAACAGAUGGACCGGGAGUGGGCAGUGACAGUCCUUGGUUGGGGCAUGCUAUGCAAUGCCAUGCCAUUUACUUCAUCUGAACUGCUCACAUUAAGCUUUAAAUAAGCAACAUUGCAUAAGAUAUUGAAUAUGUUCUGCCAAGCAACUUUUACUUUACUUGCAUUAUGUCGUCCUUAUCUCUGCAUUGAAAUUCUCUUCUCCGCUCCGCCCUCUCUGGCCAGGAUCUGAGCAGCAGUGACCUGAUUAGGCCACGUCUCUUCCUCGUCUGUCAGAUUAUCAGGGUGGGCAGCAUGGAGCUCAAGGAGGGCAAGAAACACACAGGAGGCUUAAGGAGACCGUUUGGUGUAGCUGGUGAGAUGUCUUUUAAUUGAGAUGUCUUCACUAUAUUUGUUUGCGCAAAUUUAUACAUUCAAUUCAGUUAAUCUGAAAUCAGAACACUACCCCAUUUACUUAGAGUUUGAGUGAAUGGGUAAUUGAGGGCCUAAACAAACAUUUACAGUAGGAUCCCUGUCCUGGAUAAAAGCCAGAUACACCCUGAGCUCACCUGAACCUGUUUACCCUCCUGACCCAUAAACUACCUCCACGUUGACUGCCUCGCCAAAGGAGUCAGGGGAAGUGAUUUAAACAUCCCUCUUUGUUUUGAGUGGAUGAUUACAUUUCUAGGUUGGAUGAGAAAUUAUUUCCUCUGGUGUCACAGCAAAUGGACUGAACCCAGAAUCAUUGGGAGCAAUACAGAGCUCUCAAUUCCCUCAGCUAUUUCCUAAGAAAUGACUAAUUGAGAGAGAAAGAGGAAUGCCUACUGAACCAUCAUCUAUUGCAACACAAAGCUCAAGAUCACACAGAGAGACCUGCUGGAAUCCUACAUAUGCUCUUGUUGUGGAUGUCUCUUGUUCUCAUUGUCUCUCUGGUGCAUUGGAACAUUUGUGUGAGGGCCCAAUAACUAGUUUUCAAACACAAAUGACAUUGUGGUUCUGCUCUGUAGUUUACUUAAUCGGAGUGAGGACUGCUGUGAAAUGGCUCGAGCUGAGAAAUCAAAUACCAAAUAUAUUAAAGUGAGGCCAUGCUAGCAGCAGUAGUGACAAUAACUGGAGAAUUGAAUUGAUAGCAGCUUAUUAGCUUAGCCUUUGCCACAUAUCACCACCACAUUCACAAUUGCCUCUGUUCACAGUGAUGGACAUCACAGAUAUCGCCCAUGGGAAAGCAGAUGAUGAGGAGAAGCAGCAUUUCAUCCCCUUUCAGCAGUGAGUGUUUUAAAAUCUCUCAGAGGCUCUGCUCAUUUUCACCCUGUGUUAAUAGUCCUCACUCCACAGUUCAUUUUAAAUCAACCUACUCUUACACCAUCAUAGAGUCAGAAAUGACAAAUGGCUUGAACUCUUUUAGGAUAGAGUACUUAAAGGAAUGCAUUAUGCAACUGCUUCCUCUAUUGCUAUACCAUACUGUAGACCAAGGACAAGUCCAGGUUUGUAGUGCGGUGUUAACAAAAAUGCAACUGGAGAAUGUUGCCUUUUCUUGCUUGGUCACAUGCACUUUUAUAUUUUGUGGAUUUUCUUCUCCAAUAUCUCAAUAUGCCAUUCGUAGCUCUAUGUUUUGUGAUCUGUGGUUCCAUCCACUUGUCAGUCCCACUUUUAAAAUAUAUUUCUCCCCCUCUCUCUCCCUUCUUCUCUCUCCCAGGAUAGCUAUGGAGACAUACAUCCGUCAGAGGCAACUCAUCAUGUCACCUCUCCUCCCAUCCCGGGUCAUUGGAGAGAAUGAGCCUCUCACCGCCGUCUUCAACAAAGUCAUUAACACCCGGGAGGUCAACCACAAGGGCCAGGGUAAAGAGACACACUCACUGCCACUCUGUGGCAACAACUCACCAGUUUGCCCAGAAUAUAGCAGAGUAGAACAGAAUAUAAAAUACAAAGGAAUAUAACUUAGAAGUAGCCUUUAAAAUGUGGGUCUGGGUUCUAAAUAGAAACAUAACGGGUUGUGUGUAUCCAUUCUGAACAUUCUGUUAGUGCCUCUGUCUUGUUAACUAUCUCUUCAUUGAUUGGCCCUGCUGGGUUCUCAGGACUGUUUGUGACCCUAAAGCUACUUCCUGGUGACCUGUCCCAGGUCAGGAAGGACUACCCCCACUUUGUGGAUCGCACCACCGCCAUUGUUAGAAAGAUGGGCUUCCCUGAGAUCAUCCUCCCAGGUGCCAUACGUUUACAUGUUCUUCUUUGUAGCUGAAUUGCGUCUGAAACAAGGGGUUGCAUACUUUGUACCUGCCUUUAUAGCAGUGACAGUUAAUAGAUUGUUUUUCAAUAUUAAUCAACUAAUUCUCCUCCUCUAGGAUAUGUGAGGAACGAUAUAUAUGUGACCUUGCUACAGGGGGAGUUUGACCGCGGUAAAAAAACGUCACCCAAAAAUGUUGAGGUGAUGUUGAGUGUACUAGAUGACGAUGGCAAUCUCAUGGAGGUAAGGGUGCUGUCGUAACAUUAUGUGUGCCUCCACAUUUCUUUUUUUAACCAUUUUUACCUCAAGUAUUGCAUGUCAGUCAACUCAUGUUUGUUGGUUUACUGUAAGAAAACAUCAUUUUUACACAUAUACAUUGGUUUUCUUGUCUGCAAAAAAAAAUAUUUGACUGAAGCUCAUUCCUUCUCCUUGAAUAGAAAGCAAUAUUUCCUGGUGCUGGAUAUGAUGGGAUCACAGAGUACAAGUCUGUAAUUUACUACCAGGUCAAGCAGCCGAGCUGGAAUGAAACAGUCAAGGUACAGCUAACUUACCAGCAUCCCAGGUGUUUCUAUUAGGACAAGAGAGCUCUGUACUCUCCUCAUGGUGGCUCAAGUUCAGCAAUUACUUUCUCAAAAAGAUUUGACUCUAUACUAUGAAAUAAUCCUUUAGAGGAGAUAUUGGCAAGGAUUGUGGCACUCAUUCAAAAUGCUAGACAGACACCAGACAUGACUUUCUCUGUCUCUUGUCAUGAUACUCUCCUCUCCUCACUCCUCUCCUCAUCCCUUUCUUCUCCCCCUCCAAGGUGACUAUUUCUAUUGAAGAUGUGGGCCGCUGUCAUCUCAGGGUGAUGUUUCGACACAGAUCAUCUCAGGACUGUGAGUGACUCACGUUUCUAAAACACUCAACACCCAGGCAGCCUGCCCUAACCCUCUGGGAUCUGGUCAGCAUGAACGUGUUCUUCAGAGUUGGUUGAUUGGGUCCUCACUGAAACUGCUGUGUUUCCUUUAGCUAGAGACAAAUCAGAGAAGCCGUUUGGCAUGGCGUUCGUCCGCCUGAUGAAAGGAGACGGAACGACGCUGAAAGACGGCAGACAUGAUCUCAUUGUCUAUAAGGUGGGACCAGCACAGCACUCUGCCACUGUCACAUACCCUAUAUGAUGCCGACAGCUUGGUGGAACCAGAGGGUUCAGAUACAUUUGACUCAUUUUAAAUCAUUCUCCCCAUAGGGUUCUAUUUCAUUAUUAAGUAGUGAAGUAGUAAUUAAGUAAUUAUUUUGAUAUUUCAUAUAAAAUAAAAAGCUGAAAGUAAGUCGAUUAUUCAUGGUCCCUCCCUGGUCAAUGAAUAUCAAAUGACAUACAGAUUAAUUUGUUUUAGUAUUUAAUUCAUUUUUUUUCCAUUUGUCUCAGGUUGACGUGAAGAAGACUGAGGAUGCAAAGACAUACCUGACUCUACCAGGCUCCUGGGCUGAGGUGGAGGAGAAGGAGAGGCAGACAGGGAAAACCUUUCAGCAUUCAGGAGUCAUCCCAGUUACCAAGGACAGCUUCCAGAUUGGCACUCUCACCUGCUCCACUAAACUCACCCAGAAUGGUACUGUAGUAGGACACGAUUACCUGAGAAACAAUGUAUUUAGAAUCAAACAGACCUUAAGAAAUAGAAUCAAAUCCGCACUUUUCCGCACUUCGGCUCAUAAUACAGAGUAGAGUGAUGUUGACAUAAAAGUAAUAUGCUCCUGUUCCUCUUCCAGUGGAUCUCCUGGGCCUGUUGAACUGGAGGUCCAACCCUGAAGAGCUGGACCAGAACCUGCAGCGCCUGAUGGAGGUAGAGGGAGGAGAGAUUGUCAAAGUGAGUCUGACUGCUCCAAACUUAGUAUUCUUAACUAGUUUAACAUAUAAGGACACCCUAUCCUAAUGAAUUUGUCUUUUGUGGUCUUAGUUUCUACAGGACACACUUGAUGCCCUGUUCAACAUCAUGAUGGAGACUUCAGAGAAGGACACCUAUGACAACCUGGUCUUCAAUGCUCUGGUGAGUUCUGGAGUGGUGAGUGACUUACCUGCAUUAAGCUAUCAGGAUUAAUGGCAUCUGUCUUUAAUAUACCAAACGACAGUUGUAUAUCAGAAACUAUUACGUCUCCCGAGUGGCGCAGUGGUCUAAGGCACUGCAUCGCAGUGCUAGCUGUGCCACUAGAGAUCCUGGUUCGAAUCCAGGCUCUGUCGUAGCCGGCCGCAACCGGGAGACCCAUGGGGCGGCGCACAAUUGUCCCAGCGUCGUCCAGGGUAGGGGAGGGAAUGGCCGGCAGGGGAUGUAGCUCAGUUGGUAGAGCAUGGCGUUUGCAACGCCAGGGUUGUGGGUUCGAUAAAAUAAUGUAUGUGCUAACUGUAAGUCGCUCUGGAUAAGAGCGUCUGCUAAAUGACUUAAAUGUAAAUGUAUUAAUGCAACAACAUUUUCCAGCAGGUUUCUAUAUUACACUGGUUCCUGACUGUGCUCUGCUUUUCUUCUAGGUGUUCAUAAUCACACUGAUUGGAGACAUCAAGUUCCAGCACUUUAACCCAGUACUGGAGACAUACAUCAACAAGCACUUCAGUGCCACUUUGGCUUACAUGUGAGUCUAGCUCUUUCCUUUUUCACAUUUCCCUCUCUACUCCGUUCAUUUUUCUUUCCUCCUGUUUUGACACCUUUCCACCCAUUCAGAACACAGUCAUUUAUAUGCAGUUACUGGUAUGCCUGAGUGCCCCAUUCCAUUACUUUUUCAGGAAGCUGACCAAGGUUCUGAAUUACUAUGUGGGCCAUGCAGAUAAGCCUGUCCUAACAGAGGGACUGUACCCAGCCCUCAAAGCCCUCAAGUACCUGUUCAGGUUCAUUGUGCAGUCCCGGGUCCUCUACCUCAGGUAUCAUAGCCGUGACCUUCCUUCCUCAUACAUACUCAUACAUUUGGUAGACAAUAUUGGUUUGUUUUGAAAUGAGCAAUAUCCUUAUUUUUGUUUACUCAGAUUCUAUGGGACCAGUGAGGAUGGGGAUGCUUUCUUUAACUCCAUACGGACACUCUUCCUCUCCUUCAACACACUCAUGGACAAACCGCUGGACGAGGGAGUGAAGAUAAAGGUGAGUUGGUGUAGGGGAGAGACACUGGGAUGGACACUUACAUGGUACUUCAUCUUCUUUAAUGCACACUUGGUUAACAUUGAAUAGCCUGGUAGUGCAAAACUUACUGUAUUAUUCUAAUGAAAUUGUCAGCUUUACAAACUAGCUUAGCCUUUCUAUGUUUAUGGAAGCCUUAAGGGCCAGCCACACCAAGGAUGAUAGCUAUAACGAUAAAUUAUACAUAACUAUAAACGUUGGUGAGCAUCCACACCAGCGUUCUGCAGUACACCUGUCAAUCAACUGAUCAACGCAUCCUACUGCACGCUGUAUGCCUGUUAGUUAAUAAGGUGGUAACACAGACCAUUCAGUGCUUCAGGGUGUGUUCAUUGUCAUUGUGACAACUGCAAAUAAUACUUAAAUGUACAUAUAGGAACAUAUUAAAAUGUAGUUAUUCAACAACAAAUACUGUUUAGCCUGCGCAUCUUUUACAUCAUGUCAUUGCUUGCGUUGUUGCUCAAGUGGUUUGCAAGUGAUUUCCAUUUUUCUAAUGGAUGUCAAUUUGUCUAGAUCUUAUUUUUCGCUGUGCUCAUCUCUCUGUCUGUCCUGUGCAACCAUUUGCAAUGCAUCAGUGCAACAAUGUUAUCAUCACUGGACAAAGUGAUCACACCAACGCACUCUCCUUAACGUUCCCCGAAAAUUAAUUUGGCCUAGGCCCAUUUUACAUUCAGCAAUUAGCUAGCGCAAGCAUGCUUCUCUCCACGAAAAGGCGAUUAGGCCUAGUAUAAAAAAAGCCUAAAAAUAAAUGUCCUAUAGCUUUUGUAGCCUAUAGCUUUUCCUGGGAUUUCACAUGAAGAGGAAUAGCGGAGAGGCUUGCGAAUCCUUAGGCUACACUACAGUAUAUUGCGCACCGGAACAGCUGGAAGAGAGAGGCUAGAGAUGUGUAGCCGAAGUAAGAAGCUAAAUAUGAGAUAGAUAUUAGGCCCUUCAUUAGUUAAAUAGUAGGGCUAUCAAUAUUUAUCUGUCAAAGUCCAAGGAUUUUUUUUUAAACGGCAGAUAUGUGCGUUCCUCCGGGCUGCGCUGCAGUCUUUGUGAAGCAAAGCUUCACUAUUGAUUAGGCCUACGUUUUUAGACAAGACAAGUAUUCUACCUAAGCUACAACAACACAGUGCAAUGGAGAAUGUAUUAUUGUUAACAAGUGAGUACACAAUUAUUGUCUAGGGCUGUAAACUGAAGUGAUGUGGGCAAAUUUGAAUAACCUCUUAAACGUCCUGUUUUGAAUGCUUCAUGCCGAAAUAACUGCAUACAACCUAUGCCUGAUUAUGCAAACAUUUGGAUCAGGUAUGGGUUUAUUCUCGACAGUUUGCAAGGUCCAGAAAGAUACAUUAGCAGGCUACUCGUGGUUUAUUUUGAUCACACUAUCGCGCACGCUCUCUCUCUCUCUCCCUCUUCUUUCAAACUCUCCUAUGUUACAUCCAGCAAGCAAGAGCAAGCUGCAAUCUCUCCUCAAUAGGCUAGUUGUAGUAAAUAAAACGCUAAAAUUAAGUGUACAACAAGAUAUUGUAAUCUAGCUUUUCCUGGGAUUCCAAGAGAAAAUAGGAAUAUCUGUAGCAGCGAGGCAGCAGAGGCCAGGUGCGCAAUUGCGCAAAGAGAACCGUGAAGACAGACUAGAGAUAUGUAGCCUAAGAUAGAAGCGUAUGCAACCCAUUCAUUAGCUAAAUGUUAGGCCCUAAUACUGCAGUGAAUAGCCUAUACCCAAUGAAUUUACACAGUUGAAAUAUAUUUUUUUAUCAGAUAAUGAAAUGGCAGGUAGCCUAGGAUAGUGUGCUCCCCAGGCUGCGCUCCAGCUCGAAAUUCUCCCCAAUUGAUUAAGCUGUUUAGGGACAAGAAAAACAAUCAUACCUAGGCUAUAACAACACAAUGCAAUAAUGCAUUUUUUAUUAAUUUUUCUAGUGAGUAAAUAAUUAUAGUCUAGGCUGUAAACUGCAGUGAAUAUGCCAUUUCAAUAACCGCUAAAAAGCCUUGAGUUUUGAAUGCAUGUUUCAUUCCGAAAUAAUAAUACUAAUCUAGCCUAGGCAUGAUUAGGCAACCAUUUGGAUCAGUAAUGGGUCUUUUCUCUACAGUUUACAAGGUCCAGAAAGGCACAUUAGCAGGCCAGUCAUAUAUCGGCGUUAACAGAUAGGCCUACCAUCGGAAAAUAUGGCCUUCUAAUGCGCUGUUUGUCAUGGAUCAUCCUCCCAAGUCGUCCUAUAAUUAAUGUGGACACCAAUAUGCUCACACAUGCCUAGUUAUUCAGGAAAGUUUACCUUGCGCGCUGCCUUCUCUCCUCUCCGAGCAGCCUCGCGCACCUAGAACCAAGGAGGCUUCAAUAGAACGCGUUUAUGAUUGGUUGUCAAUGUUUUAUCGUUGGCGGGACAGGGGAAAAAAUCGCUCUGGAAGUGAUAGCUCUCGUUGUCGUUCUCCACUAUUUUUGUAGUUAUCGUUGUAGUGUGACGCUCCUGUUCACUUGAAUUAGAACGAUGUUAUUUAUUUGUAUCGUUUUUUAUCGUUAUAGUUAUCGUCCUUGGUCCUAUAGUUAUCGUCCAUUAUGCUGGCUUGAUGAAAGAUAGUUCAAGUUUUACUUGAUAAACAAUUUAUAGCUGACUAGCUCUGUAAAACACGGAAAGGAAGCUGUAUGCAGUGAUAUUUCCCUCAUGUUCUUUUAAAAAAACGUUUGAGACCUUGUCUUUUUCAGGGGGCGAUACUGAAAUACCUCCCCACCAUCAUUAAUGACAUAAAAAAUGUCUUUGACCCUGUGGAGCUCAGGUAACUCCUUGUAAUGACAUUUUAACAGUUGAAUCUCUGCAGAAAUUAUGCUGUUUCCUGUAUAGAAAGAUAGUGACAUUGUCACAUGACCUUGUCUUUUUCUGUAUGUCUUCCUGUCUCUCUCUCUCACUAGUGUUCUUCUGACCAAGUUCAUCGAGAGCAUCCCUGACUCUCAGCUGGUGCGCCAGAAACUUGGUUGCAUGUGUAAAAUGGUGGAGAGUGGCCUUUUCAAAAAGCCAGGUACUGUAGCACCUCUCUGGUUAAAACACAACUUUAUAAUAAUCUCUAUUUAAAAACAGAACCACAUGAUGACACAUUUGAAUGGUCUCUAUUUCUCUUUGACCCCACAGAGUGUCGAGAUGUCCUCUUGCCACUGGUGACUGACCAGCUGAGUGGGCAGCUGGAUGACCACUCCAAUAAGCCUGACCACGAGGCCUGUGUUCAGCUGCUCAGCACUGUGCUUGACAACCUGGACCGCAAGGAUGUGGUAAGUGGCAAAUUGCUACAGCACACCUCUAUCUCUGCAGCUGAAAACACUGAAAUCAGUCACAUCCCUGACCCUAACUGGAUUGGUUUUGAUUAGUAUAUUUUUUAUCUGACCUGCUUGUCUGUGUCCUCAGGGUCCAACCCGGGGUCAUGUCCAGCUGAUUGUUGAGAGGCUGCUUCGCAGAGUCAAUCGCACUGUCAUCAGCAUGAGCAGAACCUCCCCUCUCAUUGUAAGACUCAGACGCAGUACUCAGAAAGUUCUUCAUCUAACUCUAAAGUAGAAGUUAUUUUCAUUUGUUCAGUUGGUCGCCUUAUACUUUAUUUUAAGUUUCCAUGUAUAAGGCACAGUGCUGGAAAUCUGCUUCUAUGCAUCCUAUACAGUAUAUAACUUAGUUAGCACUUAUAAGCAUUCAACAAUAUAAGCAGCUUAUAAGCAUAUAACAUGUUAUACGUGGGAACCCAAACUAGUUUUUCCAGCUAAGGUGACUGAUACUCUGUCUUCUCCAUGGCAGGGUCAUUACCUAGCCUGCAUGACUGCCAUCUUGAAGCAGAUGGAUGACAUGCACUACGCCCACUACAUCAGUACAUUCAAGACCAGACAGGACAUUAUUGUAAGUGGUCCGCUCCGCCUGCCCUGCCUUGGGCAUGGCUCUUCCUGAGUCAUCCAGUCGAUAGCUGGCAUUCAACCACUGGUGCUUGUAACUGCUCCUGAAGUGAUUAUUGAUUAUAGACAUUUCAUGGGACUGACUUGGAACAACGUGAGGAUCUCCCUGUCCUUGCUUCUUUACUGAGGUGUGUGUGUGUCUAAUAUGAGAAAAGCUUAGGGACCUGCUGUGCAGAGUUCAACUUGUUACUAAUCGAUGGACUUGGUCAGAAACAAAAUCCCAUGUUUGUGCAGACAUGAAGAUGCAUAAAUUCAGGUACUUCCAGUACAGGCAAGGUAACUGUUCUCCCUGGCCCACUACAGGACUUCCUAAUGGAGACAUUCAUCAUGUUUAAGGACCUGAUGGGGAACGUUUUCCCCUCCGACUGGAUGACCAUGAACCUCCUGCAGAUUGGGGUGUUUCUGCGGGCCAUCAACCAGUACUCUGAGGUCCUCAACAUGUACUUCCUGGACCAGACCCACUUUGAGCUUCAGGUGGGUCUCCAGUCUCCACCUCUUGAUGGGGUGGACAAAAAACAUCUGUGACUCUCUCCUAAUGUAAUCUUAACUCAAUCAUUGUCUCAAUGUCCAUGUGAAAAUGUUUAUCAUAUUCUCCUCUCUUUAGCUCUGGAACAACUACUUCCACCUGACUGUGGCAUUCCUGACCCACAAGUCAUUGCAGCUGGAAUCCUUCUCUCAAGAGAAACGGAACAAAAUACUCAACAAGUAUGUCCUUUUCUUCUUUAUUUUGUGUAUGAGUGCAAUAUUUGAAUUCCCCAAAAUAAAUAAUUACACAUGAAAAAUCCAAAUUGCACAGUAAACUUACAGUAUUCACACAUGUCACGUUGUAAACUGAUAGAAGACAGGCGCAGGAAUGCAUAAUGCAGUGGCCAGUGCGCUAUCUAAAAGAUUCCCGGCAGCUCCGGAAUCAAUCAGAGCUAACAGGAGUGAGGGGCUAGGGUAUUCUGGGAAUUUAAUGGAAAAGCACACUGGUUGAGUUGACAGAAAAGGAGAGGAGCUCUUGCAUUCUACCUGGGUUGGAGCAGGGGAAUUCCCUGGCUUGUCACCUCCUCGCCUAUUAGUGGAUUGAGGGCAGGUCGGGGAGAAAUGACCCCUUUCUCCACAAUAGGAGCAGAGGCCCAGAUCCCUCCUUCUCCUGCGCUCUGCCUCGGGCAAACGUGCAGAGCCCACCUCCAUCGGCUCUGCAUAUCCGGUGGAGGCCGCGAUGGUCCGGAACUCCAGGGCGAACUCCGAGGUGGUCCUAGAUCCCUGGUGUAGUCGGAGUAGACGCUCACCCCCCUCUCGGCCCUCCACAGGAUGAUCAAACACAGAGCGGAAGAGGAGGGUGAAGCACUCGUAGGACUCGACCUCGGGUCCAGCCGUUUCCCAGACCGCGGCAUCCCAGUCCAGGGCCCGUCCGGUCAGUGCUGAGAUGACUGUGGCAACCCUGUCUCUCCCAGAGACAGCCUCUGCGUAGCGAGCGAGGUACAGGUCGCAUUGCAGAAGGAAUCCCUUGCACUUCGCUGGCACGCCGUCAAAGCGCUCCGGGAGGGACAGGGGUAUUCCGCGGACCGUCUCAGAUGGGAUGGAGGCAGGUAGUGGUGGUGUGGGGGCUGGUGCCGGAACCGGUGCUGGAGACUGGGGGGACUGCACAUUCCCCUCCAAACGCAGGAUGGUUGCCAGCACGCUGUCCAUGGCACUGCCGAGUCUGGAGAGAAAGUCCUCGUGAUGCUGGACUGUCUCUACGAUGGUCGCCAGCACGGCCUUUCCCGCUGUCUCCAUUUAGGGAGGUCGAUUAUUCUGUCCCAUGUCCGUUGGUCUCGUGAGUACCAGAGCUCUGUUGUAUCGGCUUUCGUGCUACGCGUUACUGUACAUUGUAUUACGGUUUAAAUACCGUGUAAUUGUGCACUUGUUAUUACGGGUCUCGUCCCGUGUAUUAUUUAGAGGUUUACACCUCGCUCUUUUGUUUGGGUUACAUCCCUGUGUUAUAUAUAUAUAUAUACGUGUUUGUUUUGGGCUUCGUCCCUGUCGUUUUUUAUGACGUACCUUAUGUUGGGUAGAGAAAUAAAAAAUCCUAUUACGUGUUCCUGCGCCUGUCUUCUAUCAUGUUGUUGUGCUACAAAGUGGGAUAAAAAUUGAUUUAAUUAAAAAAUUUGUUCAACGAUCUACACAAAGUACUCUGUAAUGUCAAAGUAGUAGAAAAAUUCCAACAUUUGUUACAAAUUAAUGAAUUAUGAUUAGAUAUGUUAGAAACACAUUUGGCAGCGAUUACAGCUGUAAUUCUUUUUGGGUAAGUCUCUAAGAGCUUUGCACACCAGAAUUGUAUAAUAUUUGCCCAAUAUUCUUUAAAGAAAUCUUCAAGCUCUGUCACCAUCGGCCUCAUGGUGAAAUCCCUGAGCAGUUUCCUUCCUCUACGACAACUGAGAUAGGAAGGACGCCUGUAUAUUUGUAGUGACUGGGUGUAUUUAUACACCAUCCAAAGUGUAUUUAAUAACUUCACCAUGCUCAAAGGGAUAUUCAAUGUCAGCUUUAUUAUUAUUAUUAUUUUUUUAUUUUUUACACAUCUACCGAUCAGUGCCCUUUGCGAGGCAUUGGAAAACCUCCCUGGUGGGGUUGAAUCAGUGCUUGAAAAUCACUACUCGAUUGAGGGACCAUACAGAUCAAAUAAAAUAAAAUCACAUUUUAUUUGUCACAUACACGUGUUUAGCAGAUGUUAUUGCGGGUGUAGUGAAAUGCUUGUGCUUCUAUCUCCGACAGUGCAGUAAUAUCUAACAAGUAAUAUCUAACAAUUUCACAACAUAUACCCUAUACAGUGGGGAGAACAAGUAUUUGAUACACUGCCGAUUUUGCAGGUUUUCCUACUUACAAAGCAUGUAGAGGUCUGUAAUUUUUAUCAUAGGUACACUUCAACUGUGAGAGACGGAAUCUAAAACAAAAAUCCAGAAAAUCACAUUGUAUGAUUUUUAAGUAAUUAAUUUGCAUUUUAUUGCAUGACAUAAGUAUUUGAUACAUCAGAAAAGCAGAACUUAAUAUUUGGUACAGAAACCUGUGUUUGCAAUUACAGAGAACAUAUGUUUCCUGUAGGUCUUGACCAGGUUUGCACAGACUGCAGCAGGGAUUUUGGCCCACUCCUCCAUACAGACAUUCUCCAGAUCCUUCAGGUUUCGGGGCUGUCGCUGGGCAAUACGGACUUUCAGCUCCCUCCAAAGAUUUUCUAUUGGGUUCAGGUCUGGAGACUGGCUAGGCCACUCCAGGACCUUGAGAUGCUUCUUACGGAGCCACUCCUUAGUUGCCCUGGCUGUGUGUUUCGGGUUGUUGUCAUGCUGGAAGACCCAGCCACGACCCAUCUUCAAUGCUCUUACUAAGGGAAGGAGGUUGUUGGCCAAGAUCUCGCGAUACAUGGCCCCAUCCAUCCACCCCUCAAUACGGUGCAGUUGUCCUGUCCCCUUUGCAGAAAAGCAUCCCCAAAGAAUGAUGUUUCCACCUCCAUGCUUCACGGUUGGGAUGGUGUUCUUGGGGUUGUACUCAUCCUUCUUCUUCCCCCAAACAUGGCGAGUGGAGUUUAGACCAAAAAGCUAUAUUUUUGUCUCAUGAGACCACAUGACCUUCUCCCAUUCCUCCUCUGGAUCAUCCAGAUGGUCAUUGGCAAACUUCAGACGGGCCUGGACAUGCGCUGGCUUGAGCAGGGGGACCUUGCGUGCGCUGCAGGAUUUUAAUCCAUGACGGCGUAGUGUGUUACUAAUGGUUUUCUUUGAGACUGUGGUCCCAGCUCUCUUCAGGUCAUUGACCAGGUCCUGCCGUGUAGUUCUGGGCUGAUCCCUCACCUUCCUCAUGAUCAUUGAUGCCCCACGAGGUGAGAUCUUGCAUGGAGCCCCAGACCGAGGGUGAUUGACCGUCAUCUUGAACUUCUUCCAUUUUCUAAUAAUUGCGCCAACAGUUGUUGCCUUCUCACCAAGCUGCUUGCCUAUUGUCCUGUAGCCCAUCCCAGCCUUGUGCAGGUCUACAAUUUUAUCCCUGAUGUCCUUACACAGCUCUCUGGUCUUGGCCAUUGUGGAGAGGUUGGAGUCUGUUUGAUUGAGUGUGUGGACAGGUGUCUUUUAUACAGGUAACGAGUUCAAACAGGUGCAGUUAAUACAGGUAAUGAGUGGAGAACAGGAGGGCUUCUUAAAGAAAAACUAACAGGUCUGUGAGAGCCGGAAUUCUUACUGGUUGGUAGGUGAUCAAAUACUUAUGUCAUGCAAUAAAAUGCAAAUUAAUUACUUAAAAAUCAUACAAUGUGAUUUUCUGGAUUUUUGUUUUAGAUUCAGUCUCUCACAGUUGAAGUGUACCUAUGAUAAAAAUUACAGACCUCUACAUGCUUUGUAAGUAGGAAAACCUGCAAAAUUGGCAGUGUAUCAAAUACUUGUUCUCCCCACUGUACACACAAAUCUAGUAAGGAAUGGAAUUUAAGAAUAGAUACAUAUAUGGACAAGCAAUGACAGAGCGGCAUGGACUAAGAUGCAGUAGAAUAUUAUAGAAUAGAAUACAGUAUAUACAUAUGAGAUGAGUAGUGCAAGAUAUGUAAACAUUAUUAAAGUGACUAGUGUUCCAUUUCUUAAAGUGGCCAGUGAUUUCAAUAGGCAGCAGCAGCCUCUAAUGUGCUAGUGAUGGCUAUUUAACAGUCUGAUGGCCUUGAGAUAGAAGCUGUUUUUCAUUCUCUCGGUCCCAGCUUUGAUGCACCUGUACUGACCUCGCCUUCUGGAUGAUAGCGGGGUGAACAGGCAGUGGCUUGGGUGGUUGAUGUCCUUGAUGAUCUUUUUCGCCUUCCUGUGACAUCGGGUGCUGUAGGUGUCUUGGAGGGCGGGUAGUUUGCCCCCGGUAAUGCGUUCGGCAGACCGCACCACCCUCUGGAGAGCCCUGCGGUUGCGGGCGGUGUAGUUGCCGUACCAGGCAGUGAUACAGCCCGACAGGAUGCUCUCAAUUGUGCAUCUGUAAAAGUUUAUGAGGGUCUUAAGCUUUCCACCUUCUCCACUGCGUUCCCGUCGAUGUGGAUAGGGGGGUACACCCUCUGCUGUUUCCUGAAGUCCACGAUCAUCUCCUUUGUUUUGUUGACGUUGAUUGAGAGGUUAUUUUCAUGGCACCACACUCCCAGAGCCCUCACCCCCUCCCUGUAGGCGGUCUCGUCAUUGUUGGUAAUCAAGCCUACUACUGUUGUGUCGUCUGCAAACUUGAUGAUUGAGUUGGAGGCGUGCUUGGCCACGCAGUCAUGGGUGAACUGGGAGUACAGGAGGGGGCUGAGCACGCACCCUUGUGGGGCCCCAGUGUUGAGGAUCAGCGAAGUGGAGAUGUUGUUUCCUACCUUCACCACCUGGGGGCGGCCCGUCAGGAAGUCCAGGACCCAGUUGCACAGGGCGGAAGAUAAUUGUAUGUGUGGGGUACAGAGAUGGGGUAGUCAUAAAACAAUAAUGUAAACACUAUUAUUGAACACAGAAUGAGUCCAUGCAACUUAUUAUGGGAUUUGCUAAGCACAUUUUUCUCCUGAACUUAUUUGGGCUUGCCAUAGCAAAGGGGUUGAAUACUUUUGACUGAAGACAAUUUCAGCUUUUAAUUUUUAAUUAAUUUGUACAAAUUUAGAAAAACAAAAUUACACUUUGACAUUAUGGGGAAUUAUGUGUAGAUCAGUGACAAAAAUCUCAAUUCAAUCGAUAAAAAAAAAAAAAUAACAUUUUGGAAAAAGUAAAGGGGUGUAAAUGCUCCAAUUAGUAAAUAUGUAUUCAUGCUCUACGGUAUGUAGUGUAAUUCUAUGAUGUGGUUACAGGUAUGGAGACAUGAGGAAGAGCAUUGGCUUUAAGAUCAGAGACAUGUGGUAUAAUCUUGGUAAGUACCGUCCGGUAGUUGUUAUCUCUGUGAGACAGGAACUCCUCAAAUAGAGACGUCUACAGAAUGGCCUGUUCAGUGGAAACAGGCUCUGAUAGGAGAGAAACUAGACAUUGUUGUUUUAUUGCCUAGUUUCAUGGUGGCCCGCUUUUUGUUUACCGCUUUUACUGUCUUUUUGUUUGCAUGAAAAAGGAGUGUGGCUUAUUGCCCUUUCAAAUGAACCCUGUGUAAUGUUUGUUUCUAACUGUAUCAUGUGUGCAUCCCUCAGGCCCCCACAAGAUGAAGUUCAUCCCUGCCAUGGUGGGGCCCAUCCUGAAGGCUACCCUGGUGCCUGAGCCAGAGCUGAGGAAAGCCACCCUCCCCAUCUUCUUUGACAUGAUGCAGUGUGAGCACAACUUCACUACCGGCCGCACCUUUGACAUGGUGAGAUAGCUGCCCACAGUAGUGUUGCCUGUCUGGCUUUACAGUAUAACUGUACAAACAGAGUUUCCCAGCUUUAUUUUGCUGAGCUGAUCCUUGCAUGGGCAUGUGUGAUGUGUUUUUAAUAUGUCUGCCUGUACAUGCAGUUUGAGAAUGAACUGAUCACCAAGUUGGAUCAGGAGGUAGAGGGAGGCCGUGGGGAUGAACAGUACAAAAUCAUGCUGGAGAAAACGUAAGCACCAAUCAGAGGCUGAUGCCUUUUUCUUAUUCCUUUUACCUCAUGGUUUCAUGGUCAAUACCUAAAUAAGGACUAUUUAACUCCCUCAUUCAUUGACAUGUUGCGUUGUUGAUAUUGUGUAGGCUACUUGAGCACUGCCGGAGGCACAGAUACCUUUCUCAGUCAGGGGAGGAGCUGGCUCUGCUGCUCAGCAGUCUGCUGGAGAAGCUGCUGGCCUACCGCACCAUCACACAUGACGAGAGCCCUGAGCUCCGCAUGAGCUGCACCGUCAACGUCCUGGUACGCCCUUACAGUACCCAACUAAGAGGCAGAGGGGAGCUCACCAGGGACUAACUAACCCCUUGGACUAGUUUAUGUGGAACUCACAAUAUAGUCUGAAAUAUUGAGCCACAUUCAUCACCUCAGAGGAGUAGUAUAUGAAGAUGCUAUGUUUCUACAUUGAACCAAUUCAUUUUUUACAAAAUGUUAUCAUCAAACAUUUGAACCAAAGCUGAGUUUUUCCACUGUUUUUAUUUUGGUUGUGACAGAACUUCUACAAAGAGAAGAAACGGGAAGACAUUUACAUUCGGUGAGACAGUUCAUUAAUUGAAUAGUCUUCUUUGCAUUCCAUUUUGUUAGAUAUCACUCUAAAAUACUGACUUCGUCCUCAGGUAUCUGUACAAGCUGAGGGAUUUACACCUUGUCUGUGAGAACUACACAGAGGCAGCCUACACCCUGUUACUUCAUGCCGAACUCCUUGAGGUCUCACUCAACAUUCAAGUCGACUUUCAAUUAAAACAGUAGUGUUUGGAAUAUUUCCCUAAAAUUACAGUUAACAUACAUUACUAGAAAACUAAAUGCAGUUUGUGUAUUGUGUCCACCUCAGUGGUCUGACAAGCCCUGUGCCCCUCAUCUGAUCCCCGGUGACAGCCAACAUGUCUGGACCCAGCAGGAGCUCAAAGAGAGGCUCUUCCAGGAGAUAAUCUGUUACCUGGACAAGGGCAAAGUGAGUUCCCACCCUCAUCCUCACUACAGUGACCCUAUUAGGAACCCUGAUCUACAGAUGGAAGUUUGCACUUUGCAAUGGAGUGCAGUGGAGCAGAAUGUUCUUUUUUCUCUUUUCAAAACUGGUUGAAUGGCUAUUUUUACCCUGUAGGCACCUGCAACUUACCACAAGUAGGAUAAAUAACACUUGCCGAGAAUUAUCCAGGCCAUUUAUUUUACUUUUAAUGGAAAAAUCUCAAUUUCAGUUUAGAAUUAUUAUUUUUUUAGUUGUAAAUCAAACAAAUACACGUGUGAACCCCAGCAGUUUUUUCAAUAGUCACCUGGACAAAAGGAACACCUACAUGAGAAUGCUGUUCAUUGAGUACAUCUCAGCGUUCAACACCAUUGUGCCCUCAAAGAUCAUCACUAAGCUAAGGACCCUGGGAUAAACACCUCCCUCUGCAACUGGAUCCUGGACAUCCUGAUGGGUCGCCCACAGGUGGUGAGGGUAGGCAGCAACACAUCUGCAAUGGGGGCCCCUCAGGGGUGCGUGCUUAGUCCCCUCCUGUUCUCCCUGUUCACCCACGACUGCGUGGCCGCACGCACGACUCCAACACCAUCAUUAAGUUUGCAGACGACAUGACGGUGGUAGGCCUGAUCACCGACGAUGAUGAGACAGCCUACAGGGAGGAGUCCAGAGACCUGGCCCCUCAGGAGGCUGAAAAGAUUUGGCAUGGGCCCUCAGAUCCUCAAAAAGUUAUACAGCUGCACCAUUGAGAGCAUCCUGACUGGCUGCAUCACUGCUUGGUAUGGCAACUGCUUGGCAUCCGACUGCAAGGCUUUACAGAGGGUAGUGCGUACGCCCCAGUACAUCACUGGGGCCGAGCUCUCUGCCAUCAUGGACCUCUAUACCAGGCAGUGUCAGAGGAUGGCCCUAAAAAUGGUCAAAGACUACAGCCACCCAAGUCAUAGACUGUUCUCUCUGCUAAAACACUGAAAGAGGUACCGACGCGCCAAGUCUGGGACCUAAAGGCUCCUGAACAGCUUCUACCCCCAAGCCAUAAGACUGCUGAACAGCUAAUCAACCAGCUACCUGGACUAUUUGCAUUGACCCCCUUUUUUUUUGCGCUGACAUUCUUGCACUGCUCACUGGACUCUACCCACACACUCACACAUACUACACUGUCACUCCAACACACAUAUACACACACACACACACACACACACACACAUAUGACUUGCGGGCAGUGGGUUCAGAACAACAACAACAAAAAAUUUUGGGGAAAUUAUACAACCACCGAAAAAGGCACUUUGGACACUGGAAGGGCAAAGGGGCAUGUGCUCUGCACAGGUAAAGGCCUAUCGGUGCACAUGCCUGCCACAGUACAUCACCCCUGAAACCUGCUGUCUGGGUUUUAUUGAAUAGAGGUGUUAGUGAAGGACAGAUGGUGAUGUCUAGACCAUGUUCACAUCUCAUGUUCAUAUUUAAUGUAUCUUUUUACCAACUGCUGCAUGUGUCUGUUCAGAUGUGGGAGAAAGCCAUUGAGAUGGGCAAACAGCUGGCAAAGAUGCACGAGAACCAGAUGUUUGACUUCAUGGAGAUUAGCCAGCUGCUGGUAAGACGAUUUAUCUUCUGCUAUCGCGUUUUAGUCUGAGAUUUAUUCAAAAUAUUGUCACUACUGAUUAUAGAUGUUUCUUUAAAACAUGUAAAGUAAAACCAAAAAGUAUUAUCCUCUUAGUUUCUUCAUGGUAAAAAAGGCUUCACCAACAACGCCAGAGAGGGAUUGUCAAUAGCCCACUGCCAAUUUAGUGUGAGGCCUUUUCAAUAGGACCAGGUCCACUGCUAUACUGACAUGCUUUUCAGUGUUCACAAAGGCUAGGAGUUAAUUAGAUACAGUGCCUUCAGAAAGUAUUCACAGCCAUGAAUCUUUCCAAAUGUUGUUGUGUUACAGUCUGAAUUAAAAAUGUUGUGUCACUGGCCUACACACAAUACCCCAUAAUGUCAAAGUGGAAUUAUGUUUUUAGAUUAUUAUUAUUUUAAAAUUAAAAAUGAAAAGUGGAAAUUUCUUGAGACAAUAAGUAUUCAACCCUAUUGUUUUGGCAAGCCUAAAUAAGUUCAGGAGUAAAAAUGUGCUUAACAAGUUACAUAAUACGUUUCAUGGACUCACUCUGUGUACAAUAAUAGUAUUUAACAUGAUUGAGGAAAUGGGGAAGAGAGAAGAGUUGCUGCCACACUUGUGUCAAACCUUUUAACCAGCAGUCCCACCCAUGCACUGCUGGUUGACAUACAGUUCUUAGCUGCAGUGGAGUGAUACAAAACUGUGUUCUGUCACACUGUGCCAGACAGUCUAUGUUCAUUAUGGAUCCUUAAAUUUCACACUGAACCAUGUUUGUGUUAGUUUUUUUCUACAGUUGUAAUUAGAUACUACAGUAUGUUAGGUAUUUCCUGUUGUAUGUUGUCUGUGUUCCUGAUUGUGGCUUUGUUACUCUCCCUGCUGUCGUCCACAGAAACAGCAAGCCCAGUUCUAUGAGAAUAUAAUGCAUGCCAUGCGGCCUCAGCCAGAAUACUUUGCUGUGGGAUACUAUGGCCUUGGAUUCCCCACUUUCCUCAGAGUAAGAUUAUUACCUCUUUUCAUAACUAUAUAGCACAUUUCAAGGUCUGUCUCAUUCACCUGAGAUGAUGUGUUAAUGUGCCUUUUAUUAAUUUUUCUUAUGGCAUGCUCUAUCAAAUUAAAUUAUAGUCAAUUUUUGUUGAAUAUGUUUCACAAUGUAUAAUUUAGGCUAUACUAGUUAUCAGUUCCAUAAAGCAGUAGGGGAUUCUAUGGAUUGAAUACCUUCCAUAAUCUUGUCAGGUUCAGGUCAGAAUAGCCUUGAUUUGGCAUAACAUCAAUAUUUCUACACUGCAGUGGCACAUUCCUGUCUACCACAGUUAAUCUUUAAUUUAAGCUUUGACAUCUUCUGUAGCAUAUAGUUCAAUAACAACAUUAUAAUUAAAUAAUAUAAUUCAUAUUUGAUUUGCUACCAUAUACAGUGCCUUCAGAAAGUAUUGACAUCCCUAAACUCUUUCCGCAUUUUGUUGUUACAGCCUGAAUUGAAAAUUUAUUAAAGUGAGAUUUUGUGUCACUGAUCUACACACAAUAAUACCCCAUCAUGUCAAAGUGGAAUUUUGUUUGUAGAAAUUUUUUUAAAUUAUAAAAAAAUUUAAACUUGAAAUGUCUUGAGUCAAUAAGUAUUCAACCCCUUUGUUAUGGCAGGCCUAAAUAAGUUCAGGAGUAAAAAUGUGCUUACAAAAUCACAUAAGAAGUUACAUGGACUCAUUCCGUGUUCAAUAAUAGUGGUUAAUUCGAUUUUUUAAAAUGACUACCCCAUCGCUGUACCACACACAUACAAUUAUAUGUAAGGUCCAUCAGUCGAGUAGUGAAUUUCCAGCACAGAUUCAAGCAUAAAAACCAGAGAGGUUUUUCAAUGCCUCGCAAAGGGCAUUGUUUAGUAGGUGUGUAAACAAAAAAGAAAAACAGAAAAACAGACACUGAAUAUCCCUUUGAGCAUAAUUAAGUGAAUAAUUAGGUUUGGAUGGUGUUUCAAUACACCCAGUCACUACAAAGAUACAGGCGUUCUUCCUAACUCAAUUGCCGAAGAACAAGGAAACUGCUCAGGGAUUUCACCAUGAAGCCAAUGGUGAUUUUAAAACAGUUACAGAGUUUAAUGGUUGUGAUAUGAGAAAACUGAGGAUGGAUCAACAACAUUGUAGCUACUCUACAAUACUAACUUAAAUGACAGAGCGAAAAAAAGGAAGCCUGUACAGAAUACAAAUAUUCCAAAACAUGCAUACUGUUUGCAAUAAGGCACUAAAAUAAAACUGCUGAAAAUUGGGCAAAGAAAUUAACUUUAUGUCCUGAAUACAAAGUGUUAUGUUUGGGGCAAAUCCACAUCACUGAGUAACACUGUUCAUAUUUUCAAGCAUGGUGGUGGCUGCAUCAUGUUAUGGGGAUGCUUGUCAUUGGCAAGGACUUGGGAGUUUUUUAGGAUAAAAAGAAAUGGAAUAGAGCUAAGCACAGGCAAAAUCCUAGAGGAAAACCUGGUUCAGUCUGCUUUCCAACAGACACUGGGAGAUUAAUUCACCUUUCAGCAGGACAAUUACCUAAAACACUGGAGUUGCUUACCAAGAUGACAUUAAAUGUUCCUGUGUGGCCUAGUUACAGUUUUGGAUUGAAAAUCUAUGGCAAGACUUGAAAAUGGCUGUCUAGCAAUGAUCAACAAUCAACUUGACAGAGCUUGAUGAAUUUUCUUUAUAAGAAUGGGAAAAUAUUGUACAGUCUAGGUGUGCAAAGCUCUUAGCGACUUUCCCAAAAAGACUCACAGCUGUAAUCGCCGCCAAAGGUGCUUCUACAAAGUAUUGACUCAGGGGUGUGAAUACUUAUGUAAAUUAGUUUUUUCUGUAUUUCGUUUUCAAUAAAUUUGCUAAAAUUCCUAAAAACAUGUUUUCACUCUGUCAUUAUGGGAUAUUUUGUGUAAAAAAUAAAUGGAAUCCAUUUUGAAUUCAGGCUGUAACACAACAAAAUGUGGAAUAAGUCAAGGGGUAAUGAAUACUUAUCUUUUAAUGGAUUUGCUCUUACAGAACAAAGUGUUCAUCUACCGUGGUAAGGAGUACGAGUGGCUGGAGGACUUCAGUCUGAAGCUGCUGUCUCAGUUCCCCAAUGCCGCCAGGAUAACCAGCACAGCGCCCCCUGGGGACAACAUCUGUAACUCCCAAGGACAGCGUAUCCUUCAGCCCUCUUGCAGCAUGCCCUUAUUUUCCCAGCUAUUUAAUGCUAUUUAAAUGUAAAUUAUUGGUGUUAAUGCUUCUAGUCACGACAUUGUUAAUUUGAUGUAUUUUCCAUUUAUUGGCAAGUCUUAUUAUACCUUUCUCAAGGACACAGUUUUGAACCAGUAAUCCACUGGUGCCCCAGUCUCUGUUUCCCUAUAGCACUAGGGAUUCGUUUUUGUUUUUGAAUAAUACACAGUCCUAUCCUUACCUGCUCUUCACAGACAUCCAGUGUUUUACAGUCAAGCCAGUCCUUACUGUGCCCACCCAGUUCAAAGACAAGGGGGUUCCUGAGCAGAUCCUAAAGUAAGGAACACAACAGUUUGUGGUAUGAUUAAUUUAUCUUACAUAUGCAUUACAUUGUUGGUCCCUCUUCCUCUCCUAGCUACUACAGAACCAAUGAAGUGGACCAGUUCCAGUAUUCCAGACCCUUCAGGAAAUGUGCAAAGAACCCAGACAAUGAAUUUGCUGUGAGUACCUUUCACACAGCUCUGACAGACACACCAUGCUGUAAAGCCCCAACAAAGCCAGAUCCCUCCAUUUAUACUAACACUCUUGUCUUUGAACAUCGCUAAGGAACUCAGGAAUUUAGCCCUUUUACUUAGCAGUUGCUCAAAAUAUCCUUGUUGACCAUUCCUGCAUAUUUUCUGCCUCAUGUUACAGACCAUGUGGAUCGAGAGGACAACUUACAUCACGUCCUAUUACUUCCCAGGGAUUCUCAAAUGGUUUGAAGUGAAGUCCAUCUCUGUUGUAAGUUCUCUCACUAAUGAUGAUGACAAUCACAGUAAGACAAACGUACUGGUGUUAAUGUGCUGUAUGUUGAAUCUAUUUUGAGUACUCUGAUACCACCCAUAGCAAAUAGUUCCUACGCAACCAAUUUGGUCUUCUACACUUUAAUGUCUCCUCACCUCUCCUUGCUUUUCUAUUGGUCAGGAGGAGAUCAGCCCCCUGCAGAAUGCUGUGGAAACCAUGGAGAUGGCCAAUGAGAAGCUCAGUAACCUGGUGCAGCAGCAGGCCUGUGACAGCUCCACGUCAGUCCACCCACUCUCCAUGAUGCUCAAUGGUAUUGUUGACCCUGCCGUAAUGGGUGGCUACACCAACUACGAGAAGGUUUGACUUCCACUAUUACUGUCAAUUUCAUCUCACAUUUCAGUGAAGAUUUGUCACCUGAUGUUCUUAUUUUCCAAGUCACUCUGUUAUGUUAGCUAGUAUUUAUUAUGACCAUAUGACCAUAUGACCAUAUCUCCUAGUAAAAAAUAAAAUAAUUUCACCCCCUUUCUUUCUCUGUAGGCGUUCUUCACUGACACCUACAUACACGAACACCCAGAGGACCUUCAGAGCAUUGAGGUCCUCAAACAUCUUAUUGCCCUCCAGGUACAGUAUAUUCUCAUUAUCUCCUUGUUAUUGAACCUGUCCUUAGACAUGCAGUACAUGCUGUAAGAACAGAGGCUCCUCCCUCCUCCUCUCCCCUCAGAUCCCUCUCCUGGCUGAUGGGAUCCGGAUCCACGGGGAGAAAUCCACGGAGCAGCUGAAGCCCUUACACAACCGCCUGCUCACCUGUUUCUCUGACCUGCGGGAGAGAGUGGAGAAGCAUUACGGCGUCAUAACCCUGGUCAGUUGCCAGCAGCAAACUCAAUUUAAUGUUAGAGGGUGGCAACUUUAGCUAUUGGCUCCUCUGACUGCCUCCCUAUUAAAUUCCCCUCAUUCAAAGCAGAGUGUACAUUAUAUUGCUGCAGGACCAUACAUCUUGCUUUAGGCACUCCAUUGCUGCUAGUGUUUUGCCUGUCAAUCCACUCAUCCCCUGCCAAGUUUCCUGAUGAUGUUUCAUCCCAUUUGCGUGUCCCAGCCCUGCUCUCUGACUGAGAGGAAGAAGAGUCGCGUGGGCUCCGUAGUGAUGCCCUACAUCCUUUCCUCUACCCUGCGCCGCAUGUCCACCGUCUCCAUCCUCUCCACCACCUCAUCAGGCCUCUCCAGCAGCUCCGCCUCCUCUGAUGGACCCUCCCGGCGCUCCUCCUCCCAGGAGUCAGUCCCUCACCUCCUCCUCUUUCCUCCUUCCUUCUCCCUCCUCCUCCCAGGAGACAGUCCCCCUCCUCCCUCCAUCCUCCUCCCUUCUCCCUCCUCCCUCCCUGUGUUACUCUCUUUGUGCUGCUCUGGUGGUCAAUUUGUGUUGCUAUGUUAGUAAGGAAUAUUUGUCUGUGCUUUUCCACAUCUCACAGUGUGACAUUGUCUGAAGUCUUGCACAUGCCAGUGUAUCCCUCUAACUGUACACCCCCCGCCCCCAUGUCUCUCUCUCUAUUUCUCUAUCUGUCCUGUUGACCUGAUAUCCAUCAUCAGUUCACUGUUGUCCCGUGCCACUGCCAAUGAUCGCCGGGCCUCGAUGUUGUCCCGCUCUGAGGAUGACAACCGGAUCGGUCGAAAGAACAGAAAAGAAUGGAGUGUGAGCAAGUCACAGGUUUUGGUGGAGAGACAGCCAGACAUAGAUGAGGUAACUAAAACGGUUUUGGGCUCAUAAACUAUGGCACAAAUGUAAUUUGAGAAUGCAAGUAAUUACCCAUAUACUUGACUGUGAUUUCAAGGAGGGCUGUAUCUUUGUACUCUACUCCUUUGCAGACCCCUCCAGAGAAGCAGCAGAGACCCAAAAGCCUACAGUUUGGGGACCGUCGCCUGACCCUGUCUCUGUUCCAGGGCGUCUCUUCUCAGCUCAGCCUUGGCAACCCUCUCAGCCCCCUGCCAGCCUCUCCUUACACUCCUCGCAGCUCCAGUACGUAGCUUAACUACACACAAAGGAUACAUACAAAGCAGCCUAUCCCAAACAACCUUUUAGAGAUACCGGUUCAACCUGCACACAGAAACAGUCACCUGCACAGGCAUAGAGAUAAACCCUGUAUAGGAUCCAUGCCUCGUCCACACACAGUUUUACCUGUCAUGGAGCCUAAAAUAUGUGUGUUUUGUCACUCUCUCUCUCUGCAGGUUAUUCAUCUCUCCUUGGGGAUAAUGAUGCCACCACUGACACUCCUGGGACACCCCCACCUAUGCCACCAAAGAAACAUCCCCACGAGAUGUUUGACCUCUCCCAAAACUCCUCUGAGGUACCGCUAGACUGAAAACAUCAAUAGUUUUUGUAAAAUGCACAUUGUGAAACAAAAUAUUUUAACAGGAUAUUUUUUUCCCCUGUCUCUCCAUAGUUCCUUCCUCCUCUGCCUCAGAAAAUUGACAGCAAGCCCCCUCCACCUCCUCCUAAGACCAGGAAGUCUAUGUUCCCCGGCUCCUACGAGCACAGUCCUCAGUGA